AUUACACAUGAACGUCAAACUUUGAAGACGACUUUCAAAAUUUCUCGUUACGAAAAUGUAAGAUUAUAAAUAGCAAUACACUGGAAGAAUAUACUGUGCACGUCUUUGGACGGAUGAAGGCCAUAUUUUAAAAAACAACAAUAUGAAUCACGCAUUCCUUGCGGAUGCUUGGCGGAGGUCGAGAAGGCGGGACCGUUUAUGGUACCAAGAGAAGUUGAUGCCAGCACUCCAAGCGUCUAAGGAGCGGCAAGCGAGAGAUAUUGACGUAUCCAUAGCGCUCGCUGAAGAACUAUUGAAAGCGUAUAAUGAACCUGUCCCACAAGCAAUAACCAUCCCUCCGCAUGUUUUAACUCCUAUGGAAGAUGAUAGUCUUAUGAAACCAAUAGAACCAGAAAUAACAAAUUUGUUUUAUGGAUCUACUGAAAAAGGCGCUGCAGAAAAAUAUUUGAAAGCACGAUAUAAAAAAGCACCUGAAGAUAGAUUCUAUUUCCGCCUGACCGCGAACUGGGACUACGGCUGGCAGCAGAAGCAAUCCCGCCUGAAGCCACGUGAUGUCAACCACGGUCGAUGCGCCAUCUUACGGGACACCUUCUAUCGCAAGAAUAAUUUAGCACCAGACCCCAUACAUUACUCGAGUCCCGCUGGCGGAGAGUUCUCUAUAUGUAGCGAGUACUCUUGCAGCUUUAAUUAACAUCAGACCAGUGCAUCUAUUGCAGCUUUCAAUUCAUAAACCCACGGAGUACUCUCAUAUGGGAAGAUUUAUGAAUGAAGAACUAGAAGUUAGCAAUCCAAACUUCUGGUAAAAGAACUAAUUUUCACCCUUGUUAUAUACGUUAUAUGUUUGGCUAGGGGUAACCAAAUAAAAAGACAUCGAAUAUAGCAAAAAACAUAUA